GCCCCACGAGGAUCAGACUUGUUGAUGUGGAGUCGCAGCAAUGGGAGAUGUGCGGCUUGAGCUCGCGUCUUAAUGCGCGCCACGUGCGCUACUGUGGCUGAUAUGAGCUCGGACUGCGAAAGUUACUACGGCAAAGAAAACGUGUUCGUGGAGGGCUUCACGUGUCCGAAAGCGGACAGUGACACCACGGCACUUUUCUGCUGCGGGUUCAAUGACUUGAAGUACUGCUGCGAUGACCCAAACAGCUUUUUCCCUUACGAAUAUGGAUACAUGUGGUGGUUAAGUUUCGGAGCUCUGGUGGGUCUCUCUGUAGCAGCUGUGGUUCUUCUCGCCUUCAUCGUCACUCUGUGUGUCCUCUGCUAUCUGUUCAUCACCACCAAACCCAGAGGUCUGGACAAUGGGCUGCCACUCCGAGCACCAGGCUCUACAUCGAGUCCACAAAGACCAGGACCGAGCCAUUCCAGCGCCCCCGCCGGUCCUCAAGGCCUCAAGAAACACUUCCUGAGGGGCAAGCUGGACUGUGACAACCAGCCCCCGGACCCUGACCGCCUUUUCCAACGUUGUUUCAUGGCCACUGUGACAUCUAUCAAAGUCGAGGGUCCUGCAUAGACUGACGGACUAUUUGACCUGUUGGUUAUGAAUUUUCUUAAAAACUGAAAACUACAUGCAGAAUUCAUCACUGACAUCCACCAAGAAAUUAACUCAAAACACUCAUUGAAUGAUGAUUUACCAAACAACAUUUUAGCCUCAGACAUGAUUUUGUUGAACUUGAGAGACGGAGGGAUUUUGGCAAAAAGCACAAAUUAAGGGGACUGUGCUUAAACUGUGUCGUGUGUUUGAUUUAUUUGUGGUUUCUUGUUGUUUAGCCCCCUGGCUCCAAACUCUGCUUUUACAGUGUCACAGAGGAGUCAGUAGUUAGGGGAGUGUGGAUAACGGAUGUUUUGUGAUGGAAGUUUUGAGGUACUGAUUGGAAAAAAAACAACUUUUACUGUAUGUUAACACAUCCGAGAUCACAACAAAAAUAUGACACGUCUCCUACAUCUGGCUUGUUAGCACUCCAUUGAUUUUACACAUUACUCGUCAUGACAUCUUUAAUAACCCCAAUGGGAUAUCCAAGAUUGGCAGGAGGCUUCAAAGUUCAGUGACAAAUACGGGGCAUGGAGUUUGAAAGUUGUUUACAAGGCAGGAAGGGAAUUUUGGAGGUAUAGGGUCAAGGUCACUGGUACCGUACGUCCGUCCCAUUCUUGUUCAUUUCUAACUUUGACUAUAAGUUAUCAAGGAUAACGUUGAUGUAAUCUGCAACAUGACUGAUCGGCGGAGGCAUACAAUCAUGAGGCGGUAAUUCUAGUUUGGAGCUUGACCCAUAAUAGGGUCCCAUACUGCCCCUCUGUUUCCGUGGUUACACUUGUCUUUUAAAUGUGAAUUUUGUGAUCGGAUACGCCAGAUCUGAACUCAAUGUGUCUGCAUAAGUGCACUUGAAACAAUGCGUGCUGCCUUAACGGUUAGUGUUCAUAUCUAUUUAAAUUCCUCACAAUAAAAGUCCCAUGUUAUUUUUUGCUGUUUUCUCUUCCUCCCUGCAGGACUGGUAGACUUUGUUAUUGAAGAUUAGCCGCUGACAAAGCUCUGGUUAUCCAGUGACAAACACAUUUUUCUCUAAAUUCUUCACAAUAAAAACCCCAUGUUAAUUUGUUAUUUAAAAGCUUUUAUUUUU